AAGGGGUAGAUCCACCAUAUAUUUCUAUUGUGUAUAAUUUUUAUGGUUUCCGUUGGUGCAAAUCCAAUCAUGAAUUUAAGAUGAGAACAACUUCCCCAUUGGUAGCAAAUGCUUAUCCAUUAAGCGGGGAGAAUCCUAUUGAAAUAAAAAAGCAAAAGGAUUAUGCUUGCAAGGAACGGACUAACAGGCAUUCAGCAAAAUCGUCUUUAUCGUAUGUACGCUAAGCCCAUGCCCACAUCCUCAAAGCAGGAAUCAUCGACGACAUUGCAUUGUCCUCAAAAUUGAUCUCUCUCUCUAUGUCAAUCAUCAAUGCUUCCCGGAAGCGCAGCUCGUCCUUCACUCAAUCCCGGAGCCUUCAUUCUUCUCCUUCUCCGCCCUCAUAUAUGCACUCACGAGUCGCAUUAUUCCCAGUGUCAUCAAGGCUUGCGGCCGGUUAUCGGGUUAGAAGCAGGCAAACAGGCUCACGGCAUUGCUUUUACAUCUGGGUUGGAUUCAGAUUAUUGCGUUGGGGCAUCUUUAGUUAACAUGUAUGAAAAAUGUGAUGAAAUAAGGGUUGCCCAUAAAUUGUUUGAUAGAUUGCCUCAACGUGAUGUGGUUUCUUGGAGCGCUUUGCUUUCUGCUUAUGCACGGAAAGGGCGUGUUGAUGUGACGAUGAAGCUUUUUAAUGAAAUGACAGAUUUCGGUGUGGAACCCAAUAUUGUAACUGGGAAUGGUGUGAUUUCCGGGUUCAAUCACAACAGAGAUUAUAAUGAGGCGGUUGUUAUGCUCCAACGAAUGCAUCCAGAAGGGUAUCAUCCUGAUGAUACUACAUUUUCCAGUGUACUUUCAGCAGUGGGUGACUUGAAAGAAUUAAAAAUAGGGGUUCAACUGCAUUGUUGUUUGAUCAAACAAGGUCUUGGGCAGAAGAGGUAUGUUCGUUCUGCACAAGUAGAUAUGUAUGGAAAAUGUGCUUGUACAUUGGAGUUGACAAGGGCUUUUGAUGAAAUUGAUGAAAAGGAUAUAGGUGCUUGCAAUGCUGUAACAACUGGUCUGUCUCGAAAUGGACUUAUUUAUAAUGCAUUGAAGGCGUUUGAGCAGUAUAGGGACCAAGGAACGGAAUUGAAAGUUGUGACCUGGUCAUCAAUUAUUGCUGGUUGCACACAGAAUGGAAGAGAUAUUCAGGCACUCCAGCUUUUCGAGAGAGAUGCAGAGUGCAGAGCUAAAGCCAAACUCUGUAACAAUACCUUGCUUGUUACCAGCAUGUGGAACUAUUGUGGAAAGGCAGCCCAACGCUUUGCCCUUGGAACAGGAAUUGCUGAUGAUUUUUAUUUUGGUAGUGCAUUAAUUGACAUGAAUGCCAAAUGUGGAAGAAUCCACAUGUCUCGGCUUUGUUUUGAUAAGAUGCCAACUAAAAACUUGGUCUGUUGGAGUGCAAUAAUGGGAGGAUAUGCAAUGCAUGGCAAGACUAAGGAAGCGAAGGGGAUUUUUGAUUUGAUGCAAAGGGCAGGGCAUAAGCCUGAUCUUAUCAGCUUCUGUUCAAAAAUGGAGCACUAUGCCUCUAUGGUAAACCUUCUUGGUCAUGCUGGAAAGCUGGAACAGGCAUAUGCUUUGAUCAAUCAAAUGCCAUUUGGAACCGAUGCUUGUGUUUGGGGAGCUUUGCUUGGUUCUUGUAGACUUAUCAAUAAUGUCCGUUUAGGUGAGAUUGCUGCAAAGAAACUCUUCGAGUUAGAACCAGAAAAUCCUGGAAAUUACGUCCUUCUUUCCAAUAUAUAUGCAUCUAAGGCUAUGUGGUCAGAAGUAAAUGUGGUGCGGGAUAUCAUGAUUAGCAGAGGCUUGAAGAAGAACCCUGCCUGCAGUUGGAUUGAGGUCAAGAACAAAGUGCACAUGCUUCUUGCAGGAGACAAAUCACAUGGAGAAAUGCCGCCAAUACUUGAUAAGUUAAAUGAAUUGAGCGUGGAGAUGAAGAAAGCAGGUUACCGUCCUGAGACUGAUUUUGUGUUGCAAGAUGUGGAGGAGCAGAUGUUGGGCGAACACAGUGAGAAGCUGGCAGUAGCAUUAGGGCUUCUUAACACACCCCCUGGCACACCACUUCAAGUUAUUAAGAACCUCAGAAUCUGUCAUGACUGCCAUGCUUUCAUGAAAUUUAUAUCUAGGAUUGGAGGAAGAGAAAUAUUUGUCAGAGAUACAAAUUGAUUCCAUCAUUUCAAAGAUGGAGCCUGUUCUUGUGGGGAUUUUUGGUGAAUGGUUUCUAUGACAUUAUUUACAGAUAUUGAUUUGUUUCACUUUACUAUUUUCUUGAUGUAACCCAAUAGAUUUAUGUUGUUUUAGCCCUUUGACAUAAAGUUUUGAUGAUAGAAUAAUUGAGAAUAUUUUCU